GUUCCGCACUUACUGUCCCGAUUAUAAAGGGCAGAGCUGAUAGUAUGACUUCCAAAUAUUUCAGCACCCUGCUUGGAUCAAACCGUCUGCGAUGGCAGUCCCUGACGCCCAGAUCAUUCAAUUCGAUUUAAACUCCAUCUCAUCUUACGGUGCGUACAAGAAACCCUCUGCUUGUUUACGCUCUCUCCAACUAACGAUUUAACCAUUAGAUCUCUUGGAUCAUAAUGGUGAUCCAACCUAUGAUUUCUUAUCGCCUCCCCCAUUUCAGAGUCCUCUUGUCCCUCCUAAUUUCCAAUGGCACCGAGUUGAAUCGGUAUCGGUGUCCAUACCUUCUCCUCCAGAAUCAGUGUCCUCUUCAUAUGGUUCCACUUCCUCAACAUCGGCUAAAAAUGCCGCAGACAUGGGUUCCGAACUUCCCUUCCCAUCGUCCUUUCCUUCCUCCGCCGCUCUUGCGAGCAUGCCCAUACCAUGUUCUCGUGGUUACUCGCGCAGCAAAGAUCCAGAUCAUGUUCCACGUCCACGGAAUGCUUUCAUGCUCUUCCGCUCCGCUUUUGCUGCCGCACAGAAAAUCGGAACUAAUAUUGAGCGCGACAAUCGCCACAUCACGCGUAUAAUCGCGCACUGUUGGAAUCGCCUCUCCGAGUCAGAGAAACAGGUUUGGCGUAAUAAGGCUGCAACGGAGAAGGCCAUCCAUGCAAUGAAGUACCCAAACUACAGGUUUCAUCCUGUUCUGCGCGCCAAAAAGCCUACAAAACGAAAAGUUCAGAGGAAUGGCACGGAAGACAAGAGACGCUGCGAGCAAGUCGCUGAACUGCUUCUUGCAGGCAAGCAUGGCGAAGAACUCGAGGUCGCAGUCAAGGAAAUCGACGACACUAUGAAAGUAACGACUUCCACAACAUCCCCCGAUUCGAGCAGUGGGUCAUCAUUGAAGGGCACGCGAGGAUUACAACCUUGUGAAGGUGACUCUGGCGGAUGUGAUAUACAACCGUUUCGCAGCCCUCUUUUGCCACCCGCGAAGUCGACUAGUCCUCCGAUUCAUGAUUUCACAAGUGCCACUCAGAUGUCUCCACCGCUCACUAUGAUCAAGAAGAUUCCAAAAUCCUACGAAUAUAGCGAGCAGUCUUACCAAGCGCUGUAUGACACCAAUCAACCAACGUCGAGCACUUCGCCGGCGCACCCAUUGCUCCUUACCCAGCCUGAUUUGUUUCCUCUGUACCAAAGUGCCAGGCUCUCUCCGCUGCCUGUGGCACUUUAUAGCGAACCCACAGCCUUGUUCAUGAACUAUGCAGAGAAGGACGAUAGCGAUAAUAUCUCCGCAUUGACAUCCCCUCCAGACUUUUCCGCCUUCUCAUGGGACACAUUUUCAACGUCAUGCUAUGAUACCAACUCGUCUCACUCAUACACCACUUUUCCAACCUGCUGAACAUUUUUUGUGAUAUAAUACACUUCACAUCACCCAAGGAACGCCUUAGACACAUCCUAAUCACGCUCCCAUUCAUCUGUAGCA